CCACCACCACCACCUCCACCUCGCACCCUUUCGCCCCCCAUGCCGCCCUCUCAGCUGAAGCGCCUGAAGGCCUCGUUGCGCGAGCAGGGAAUCACCGGCCCCCAAAAGUCCAAGAAGGAGAAGAAGAGACAGGGCCACAAUGCCGACAAGCGGGCCCAGCGCAAUGCCGCCCUCGAGGGAAUCCGCGAGAGCUUCAAUCCCUUCGAGGUCAAGACUGCCUCGAGGCCGGACAAGUUCGAAUCCACCAGCUUCCAAAACGCGAGGAACAAGUCUGCGAAAAACCUUGUCGCGAGGCCCGGUGUCACCAAGAGUCUGGGAGAAGAGGCUAGGCGCAAAGCCCUCCUCCCCGAAAUGAACAAACGGAACAAGGUCGGCGGCAUCAUCGAUCGGCGUAUCGGCGAAAACGACCCUACAAUGACGCCAGAGGAGAGGAUGCUGGAGCGUUUUACUCGGGAAAAGUCGCGUAACAAGGGCGCCUCCAUCUUCAAUUUGGAAGAGGAUGAGGAGGAGAUGCAGCUUACUCACGCGGGCCAGACACUGGAUUUGGAUGGCGAGCAAGACGAUUUCGACGCAGGGAGCCUUGCUGGUGACGAUAGUGGCGAUGAAGCGCGGCCGGCCAAGAGGAGGCGGGAGCCUGGAGAGGAGGGUGAGACGGACGAGGAAGAGGGAGACCAGCCGGAGCGGAAGAAGAGCAAGGCGGAGGUUAUGAAGGAAGUCAUUGCCAAGUCAAAGCUCCACAAGUUUGAGCGCCAGCAAGCAAAGGAAGAUGAUUACGAGCUGCGCGAAGAGCUGGACCAAGGCCUCGGGGAUAUGCUCGCUCUUUUGAGGGGUCACAAACGGCCUCCGCCUGCCGCGGAGACCAGUGGCGCUAUGGGCGAUAUGAACCCAGAACGGGCAGCUAUGAUGAGCGGCGAGGACAAGAAGAAGGCCGAGAAGGAGUACGACAAGCGACUGCUGGAGAUGAAGCUCGACAGGCGUGCGGCCCCUACCACGAGGACGAAGACGGACGAGGAGAAGGCUGCGGACGAGGCCGAAAGGCUGAAGGAGCUUGAGGAGAAGCGCCAGCGCAGAAUGAGAGGCGAGGAGGAGAGCGAGGACGAGCAGCCUCAGCAGAAAUCCGCUGAUGUGGAGAUGGAGGAUGACGAGGACGCUCUCCCUGAUGAUGCGGCAGAGUUUGGCUUCACUGAUACCCACAACCAGCACGGCACUUUGCGGCCGCCUGGAAUCGACGACGAAGACGAUUUCGAAAUCGAUGCUGAUCUGGUCGACAGCGGAUCUGACGUCGAUGAAAACGAAUACGAAGAUGAAGAUGAAGAGAAUGGAAGCGAAGCUGAGAGCUCGGAGGAUGAGGACAACAUGCAGCACGAGGAGGAUGAGGAAGACGAGUUUGUCCGCGGGAUCCUUGACAAGGACGAGAAAAAGGCCACCCCCGGCGUUUUGGAUCUCACAAAAGCAGUCGAUGGCACUUCAAAACUGGCCUACACAUACAAGUGCCCGCAGUCGCACGAGGAGCUGUUGGAGGUAUUCAAAAACGUCACUGUCAAGGACACGCCGACGGUCGUUCAGCGCAUAAGAGCUUUGUACCACCCUCAGCUCAAUGCCGACAACAAGGCAAAGAUGGCGGACUUUUCCGGCGCACUGGUGGAUCACAUUUCGUAUCUCGCCCUCCAGAAGCCGUCGCCGCCCCUGGCAACGAUUGAGACUCUGAUCCGUCACCUGCACUCGCUGUCGCGCACCUUUGCGCUGGGCAUUGCCACUGCUUUCCGCAGGCAUUUGGAAAAGAUGCACGAGGAGGCCACCAUCACGCCGGGAGACUUGGUCAUUCUCACUGCCAUCAGCACCAUCUACCCGACCUCUGACCACUUCCACCAGGUGGUCACUCCAGCCAUCACAGUGAUGGCUCGGUGGAUGGGCCUGGGCACGCCGCAGACGCAGCAGGACCUUGUUACUGGAGCGUACCUGGGCGCGCUUUGCCUCAAGUACCAGGCGCUGGCCAAGCGCUACAUGCCCGAGCUGGUGCGGUUCACGCUGCUGGCGCUGAAGCACACGGAACUUCCGGCCGACACCAAGCAAGCGUACGUCAACAACCUGACGGGCAUGGCAGAGCUGUGGACCGGCAAAGCGGCAUUCAUCGAGAUCUUCACGCCAGAGGCACUCGGCGUGCUCAAAGACCUCAAACAAAUCAAAGCGCUACGCCAACUGCAAAUCCAAGCCAAGCAAGCGCGGCUGGCGCGGCGUCCACAAGAACUCCACCACCACCGCCCGCAGGCGAUCAAAACCUCGGUGCCCAAGUUCGAAGAGGGCUUCAACCCCGACAAGCACUACGAUCCGGACGCGGCGCGGCGCGAGGCCAGCAAGCUGCGGGCCGAGGUGCGCCGCGAGAAGAAGGGCGCCAUGCGCGAGCUGCGCAAGGAUGCGAGCUUUGUUGCGCGCGAGCGGCUGCGCGAGAAGAAGGAGCGCGAUGCCGCGUAUGAGGCGAAGUAUCGGAAGCUGGUGCAGGAGAUUCAGAGCGAGGAGGGCGCGCAGAAGAAUGCGUAUGAGCGGGAGAGGAACGCGAGGAAGGGGAAGAAGGGGGGGAGGUAGGUUGGUUGGUGUUGUGGGGUGGGAGUGCUUGGUGUGUAACUAGGAGGAAGUGUUGGUGUUGUUGGGUGGAUUAUCUAACUUACUACCUAUGUAGAGAGAGAGAGAGAGAGCGAGAGAGAGGAAGAGGAAGGGAGGCGGUGGCGGUGUUGCUGCGGCCGCAAAUAAGGUACCUAGAGCACGCCGUACAGGCGCGGCAAUACAUACGAACGGGGUGUCCUUUUCUGGCUGGGCUUGGGCUAUGUAGCAGCGCGAGCUGUGUGUGUGUGUGUGUGCAUACGAGGCGCGCGUGUCUACUGACUUUC